AUGAGAGCAGUAAUUCAAAGGGUGACAAAGGCUAGUGUGACAGUGGACAAUAGAGUUGUCGGAUCUAUUCAAAAGGGCUUAUGUGUCCUUUUGGGUAUUGCUACUGACGACACAGAAAAGGACAUUGAUUACAUGGUCAAUAAGAUUCUAAACAUUAGAGUGUUUGAUGACAAUGGUGUCAUGUGGAAGAAAGGCGUCAAAGACGCAGGGCUUGAGUUAUUGUGUGUCUCCCAGUUUACUCUACAAGCUAAUACUGUCAAAGGAAAUAAGCCCGACUUUCAUAGAGCAAUGAAGAGUGAACAAGCCAAAGCUAUGUAUGGUCAAUUUCUAGAUAAAUUAGGAAAGGCUUAUGAUCCAGCCAAGAUUCAAGAUGGCGAAUUUGGUGCGAUGAUGUUGGUGGAUAUCAGUAAUGAUGGUCCUGUUACAUUACAGCUUGAUUCUAGGAAAUUUACAUAUGACUCAUAA